GUUGUAAACGAGGUAGGCCAGACCUACAUCGUGCUAUGAUCCGUAGUGGCCUAUCCAGAUGUCACAUAUUAUGGGACCUUUCACCAUUAGCCCAUUUCCUGAUUUAUCACUGUUGUGAGUGAUUCACUGUGUUAAUAAUAGAAACCUCUUCUGGCUGCAGAGCUAUGGGAAUCCGGUCCACUGGUCUGCUGCUUAGUGAUUUGAUUUGCGCUUCCUCCUACCCCCAACAGCCCCUUUGGCUUACCAGCGCCCACAUCUGGCAGUUCCGGAGAGCUCUGCUUCUAUUAGGAGGGAGGGGGCAAGUCAAAAUAAACUUUCAGCAAUCGAGGGAGAGAGAGGGAGAAGAAGAAAGAAAGAAACACGGCUCCGCAAACUUAUCGCAAGACCAAUUAGGAGGGCAGGAAAAGUCACAGACAUUAUCCCUGUAUGUAUUGUAUGCCGACUUUUAAUUAUUUAUCAAGACUUUCCUACGCGCUGAUUCAUGCGAUUCGGAGCUGACAAGUAAGCAUGAUAUUAGUUUGCCCGAUGAAUGCCUUUGUUACAAGAGCUUUAUCAUUUCAGUGGAAGGCUCUAAUCCAAAUUUCUGGAAUUACGCACGUCUAUUACUGAAGAUAAUUGCCUACUUUUUAAGUAUGUUAUCCAUUUGCGCAUUUAGUUAACUUUCUCGCAAUUAUACACGAAUGCUGAAAUCUCAGUUUCCUUUUCUUUCGUUUACUUUUUGGGUCUUUUUUGGCAUGUGUUGAAUAGGACACUUCGUUCACAUUUUCAGGUUGACUUGUCUUUUGCUCACUUUUCAAAACGUCUCAUGCCAAGUGAUCUCCAGGAUUAAACGUUGGUGGUUCGCAUAAUUAGAAACGAUGGCUGGCGUGGUGCGCACCCUUAGCCGGUGUUUGCUCCCAGCCGAAGCCAGUCAUGAGAGAGGUAACAGCAAGGAGCGAACGCGGGAUACCCGGGACCCACAUCAGGAACGAGAGGCGAAACGACGCAGCAGAGAGAUUGACGCUAUGCUCGCCCGCGAGAGACGCUCGAUCCGCCGGUUGGUGAAGAUUUUGCUGCUCGGAGCUGGCGAGAGCGGAAAGUCCACGUUCCUGAAACAAAUGAGGAUUAUUCAUGGGAAAGAGUUUGACCAGAAAGCAUUGUUGGAGUUCCGGGACACCAUCUUUGAGAACAUCAUCAAGGGCAUGAGAGUGCUGGUGGAUGCCCGUGACAAGCUGGGUGUGUCCUGGCAGAACUCGGAGAAUGAGAAGCACGGCAUGUUCGUGAUGUCCUUCGAGAACAAGGCGGGCCUGCCGGUGGAGCCCUGCACCUUCCAGCUGUACGUGCCCGCCCUGCAGGCCCUCUGGGGGGACACGGGCAUUCAGGAAGCCUAUGCCCGUCGCUCAGAGUUCCAGCUGAGUGAAUCAGUGAAGUAUUUCCUGGACAACUUGGAUCGCAUUGGAGAACUGAGUUACGUCCCGAGCAGGCAGGAUAUCCUGCUGGCCAGGAAGGCGACAAAGGGCAUCGUGGAGCACGACUUUGUCAUCAAGAAGAUCCCUUUCAAGAUGGUGGACGUGGGUGGCCAGCGCUCGCAGCGCCAGAAGUGGUUCCAGUGCUUUGACGGCAUCACCUCCAUCCUCUUCAUGGUGUCCUCCAGCGAGUACGACCAGGUGCUGAUGGAGGACCGGCGCACCAACCGGCUGGUGGAGUCCAUGAACAUCUUCGAGACCAUCGUCAACAACAAGCUCUUCUCCAACGUCUCCAUCAUCCUCUUCCUGAACAAGAUGGACCUGCUGGUGGAGAAGGUGGGUAAGGUCAACAUCCAGAAGCACUUCCCCGACUACCGCCACGACCCGCUGCGCCUGGAGGACGUCAAGGCCUACCUGGUGCAGUGCUUCAACCGCAAGCGCCGCAACCGCAGCAAGCCGCUCUUCCACCACUUCACCACCGCCAUCGACACGGAGAACAUACGCUUCGUCUUCCACGCCGUUAAGGACACCAUCCUGCAGGAGAACCUGAAGGACAUCAUGCUGCAGUGAGGAGAGGGGACAAGGGGGGAGAUGAGGAGCUGAGCUGCUGGACUGUGCUGUGAUGGUUAACCAACCUAUGGGCUGUUCUGCUGGGCUUGGGCUGUGAUUGGCUGUUAUCAGAGGCAGACAUCCGAGGCUCAGAAAGUAAGGGUCAUGCCACAUGCUCCAGUGAGAGACAAGGGGGCUGUGAAUUUCUUGUUCUUGGAUGUGUGGACAACAAACACUCUGAAAGUAACAGUCCGGGAUAUGACAAACCUAGAAACGUUGAGAGAAUAAAAGCUAUGGCGACAUAGUUGUUUCCAGCCACUGGACUCAAUGAAUGAACUGAUUCAGCUGGGCAGGUAGAUGAAGACGUUUGUAAAGGUCCCUGUGUUGAGAGCAUGGGGCAGAGGAAAUACAUGUCAGUCGGACUUUAACUUUCCCAAUCCAGCCUGUCUGCCUCUGAUUUACUCACUGAAUGGGGGUCGUAUCAAUGCACUUCUAGGAAAGCUCUACUCAUCUGCCACAAAACCACAGACUUCUCCUGGCACAUCAGUGUUUGGUCCACUUUCCCCCUCUCGUCCCUCGGUGCACUGACACGACAGGGUGCCACCACACCUCUCCAUGUACAGUGUUUGACUUUGAAAAAUGUAAUCGUGUGUGUGUGUGUGUGUGUGUGUGUGUGUGUGUGUGUGUGUGUGUGUGUGUGUGUGUGUUUUGUAAAAAUCGGUUGAACAUUUUUGUCUGAACAGCAAAAUACCGAUAUCACUCUCUCAUAGUAUAGGGUAUAAGCGAUAUGUCAAAACUUUUACUAUUCCAAUCAGUCACUUUAUAUUCUUGAUGAUGAAAAAUGUUUUCAUUUGGACCAGGGUAACAAAGCUUUUCUCGCAGUACAAUAUUCUGAGCAAAAACACUGAGCUAUUAUUGUAUAUGCAGGUGAAUGGACGUUUUUGUAAGAUGUGGGUCUCUGUGUGUGUGUGUGUGUUAGUGUGUGUGUAUGCGCGCGCGUGUGUGUGUGUGCGCGCGCGCGUGUGUGUGUGUGCGUGCGCGUGUGUGCGUGUGUGUGUGUGUUCUACUACAGCAAAAGGAGGGAAGUUGGCCCGUGUCCAAUGUACUGACUGAUUCAAUGUUGUUUGGAGGAUGACACAAUGAAAUAACAAGGACAUUGGCCAGGAGCAUCCUGUAUUACAGACAAAUCGAGUUUAAACUGCAGCCAACGUCUCCCUCUUACAUUAAGAAGAGUAACUGUACGCCACUAUGUAAUGACAAUGUACUGUACAUCAUGAGAUAAAUGAUUGGAAACAGAGACAUGUUCUCUUAGUUGCGUUAAGGUCUCUGAAGAAGGGAAAACAAAAAUCUCAGUGUGUUGGAUAGAUUGGAGAGAUUAAGCGAGCCCCCAUAAAUUCACAGCUUCUUGUCUUUUUCUCCUGAUGGAUUAAACUAAAUCAUUGCCCAAGGAGUGGCUCCUCCUUUUCAGCAAUGGUGAUGGAACGCUAUCAAGUGCUCCUCCCACAUCCUGCAGCAGAGACUGUUACAGAUAAGCUGGUUUUGGAAUCAGAAUUAGAACACAUUUGGCAUGUCGUAUGUUUGCCAUUUCUGACAGUCAAACGGGGAUCUUUUAUGUGUGUGUGAGUGUUUGUUCAACAAGCAAAUCGUACACCUCAUGACCUUUGCCAAACACAUGUUUACCAAAACCUCACAAUGUUGAUGGAUUCUGGAACUUCACCAAAUAACCAAGCACUGGUCAUAAAUCUUCACUGAAAUGUGUGUAUCGGAGACAGUGAACAGGCAAGGCUGAAGAAGUGGUAGAGCAGUUGGAGAAGCAGGGAAUUAAAACUUAAAAAUACCAUAUCAUCGUCAAUGUCAGCUGUUGCAACUUUUGAAAGUCUUCUAUGCUACACUGUCAUGCAUUGCAGAUUAGCCUGGCCGUGCACAUCCUUCAUGUGAUGCCAUACAAAAUCAGUCUGGCUAACAUGGCUAUCUCUGAAGCUUCAAAUUCUCCCCAAAUUCUCCCCAAAUCAAGUAUUUACAAUGGCUUGAAAGGGAGUGUCCAAAACACAUUGGUUUUGUCACUGGCCUUGCUGGCAGCUUUGUCAGAGUAGAGAGUUGUUUGAUUACAGCAAUUGCCGGUUUGAACACUAGCAUACAUAGGCAUUUGAUAUACAUGGGUUAAAUAUGCCCUCUGAGAAGUCUGAAAUCACAGCAACUUGGCCUGACUAGAAGGUUGGAAGAAGUAGUCGUGAUAGCCAGGCGAAUUACUGAUGGGCUUGAGGGGUUCCAAGAGCACGCGAUGCUUCUCUCUGUCGUUCCUCUCCCUGAAAAUUGCAUUGAACUCCUUAAAGGCUUCUCUCCAUUUAUAGUGUAAUUGAACUUUCUCAUGGGGAUUCGGGGGGAAAAUGUUCUGGAAUUAGCCCAAGCAUAUGAAUAGAACAAAACAUGAUUAUUGCGCACCUCUCCAAGCCCAUGACUGCUCUCUCUCUCUCUCUCUCUCUCUCUCUCUCUCUCUCUCUCUCUCUCUCUCUCUCUCUCUCUCUGUCUGUCUCUGUCUGUCUGUCUGUCUGUCUGUCUGUCUGUCUGUCUGUCUCUCUCUCUCUCUCAUUUUGUGGAGGGCUUAGUGCUACUCCCAGCAAAGGGGAAGAAGCAGAAAAAAGGCAUCCCGCUUAACCGGGAAAAAGAUUUACUGUGUGUCGAGUUUCCCUCACCCACAGAAAACAAAGGGCCAUUCCCAAAGGUGCGCACAGAUG